GGCGGAUUCUUAACCACUGCGCCCCCAGGGAAGCCCUUUCUGCUCACUUUCAUUUAACAAAAGCGUAUGUAGCACUUCCUGUGUGCCAGGCACUAAGAGCUUCUUUAUCAACUCAUUUUACGGCCCUAACAACCCUGUAGUGGGUGCUACUGUUAACCCCUUUUGCAAACAAGGAAACCAAGGCCCAGAAACAUUAACUGAGUUGCCCCAGGUCACAGGUAGUGAGUGACUGAGCUGGGGUUUGGAUCCAGAGUCUAGUCAUCUUGCUGUCUGCAUCUGCUGUGUGCCAGGCACUUUACAGAUGAAAAAUGAUCAGACCUGAUCUGGCCAGCUCUGAAACCCAGAGCUUUCUCACUGUGGAUGGGGUCCUGUGGAGGCGUGAUUGUGAAGGCCGUUUCUUGGAGUAUUGUUUGGUCAAUUCAGGGCAGCCAGGAGUGGUGGACAAAGGCCAUUAUUUGCUUAUGAUGGGAAGAGUGACAUCAGAUAAGCCUUUACUAUAAAACUUUUUACGUUGAUGGUCUUUCUAGAUACUGCUGUUCACAAACGUCUGCAAACAAGGUGACCCAGGGCUUUCUCUUCAUUACCGAUAUCCUUAGAAACCACCCAAGUGGUUAGUUCUGAAUUUCUUUCUUUUCUGGAUUUGGGAUAGUGAGUGGAGUAGCACGUGGGUAUGGGUGUGUUUUAUGGAAUUUCUCAAUAUAUUUGUUUAUUAAGAUUGGGGCGGUUCCGUGCGGAUUAUUUGAAAAGUCAGGCGUGGCCCCCACGUGGGUCUAAGCUCUAGACCACGUGCUCCACGGUGGGGUCGGUGGCGGCUCCAUCGUCCCAGUGGAUGCUCUGCAGAAUCUUAUCACACCUGCCAUGGCCUGGGCACGUGCGGUGUCUGCCUGCGCCCUCGUGUUAAAUCCUCACUUGAGCAAUCCAGAGUGACAGCUGCGUCCGCUUCUGUCCGAGAUUCAGAGAGGUCGGCUGCCCAAGGACACCUCAGGGUGUGACACUGCCAGGAGCUGACCUGGAUUUUUGCCUUCCUUCACCUCCACCUGACUCAACGGUCUACAAGUCCCUGUGCAUGUUUCUCUUUUCCUGGAUUCUCCUUGGGGUGGAGGUGACGUCGGGGAAGUCUGGGCCUCCCGGUGGGAGCUGGGUGAGUGCCGCAGGCCCUGAGCUUAACAAGCAAGUGGGUCCCAGUCUUCUUCAGGGCAAACAGUGGCAGGAGGAGGUGGGGAGGUGAAGGCGAAGGUGAGCGGGCAGAACCGCCGUGCUUCUGGCGAGAGGUCAGCUUGGACGUUCCAAACACCUCCCUUUACCUGAUGCUGCUGAUAAAAUCAGGAUGGCUUUAAACUCAGGAUCACCACCAGGUGUCGGGCCUUACUAUGAGAACCAUGGAUUCCAACCCGAAAGCCUCUACCCUCCACAGCCGCCCAUGGCCCGCCGUGCCUACGCGGGGUACCCGGCUCAGUACUACCCGCCCGCGGUGCCCCAGUACACCCCGAGGGUUCAGACGCACACCUCGACACCCGUCAUCCUCAUGCAGCCCAAACCCCCGUCGGGGACAGCAUGCACCUCAAGGACUAAGAAAGUCCUGUGUGUCACCUUCACCCUGGGGGCCCUGCUGGCGGGAGCAGUCCUGGCUGCCGUGCUGCUGUGGGAGCUCUUGGAGGACCAGUGCUUGGGGAUGGAAUGCAGCUCCUCGGGGACCUGCGUCAGCCCCUCUCACUGGUGCGACGGCAUCCUGCACUGUCCCGGCGGCGAGGACGAGAACCGGUGCGUUCGUCUCUACGGACCCAACUUCAUCCUUCAGGUGUACUCAGCUCAGAGGAAGUCCUGGCACCCCGUGUGCCAGGAUGACUGGAGUGACAACUACGGGAGAGCAGCGUGCCAGGACAUGGGCUACCCGAACAGUUUUUUUUCUAGCCAAGGAAUAGUGGAUGACAGCGGGGCCACAAGCUUCAUGAAGCUGAAUGUCAGUGCCAACAAUAUCGAUCUCUAUAAAAAACUCUACCACAGUGAUGUCUGUUCUUCAAAAACUGUGGUUUCUUUACGCUGUAUAGAGUGCGGGGUCUCGGGGAAGACGAGACGCCAGAGCCGGAUCGUGGGCGGGUCGAGCGCUGCCCCGGGGGACUGGCCCUGGCAGGUCAGCCUGCACGUGCAGGGUACCCACGUCUGCGGAGGCUCCAUCAUCACCCCCGAGUGGAUCGUGACCGCCGCCCACUGUGUGGAGGAACCUCUUAACAAUCCCAAGAUUUGGACAGCCUUUGCAGGAAUUUUGAGACAAUCUCUCAUGUUCUAUGGAAACGGAUACCGAGUAGCAAAAGUGAUUUCCCACCCAAAUUACGAUUCCAAGACCAAGAACAAUGACAUCGCUCUUAUGAAGCUGCAGACGCCUCUGACUUUUAACGACAGAGUGAAACCAGUGUGUCUGCCCAACCCCGGCAUGAUGCUGGAACCGACACAGUCCUGCUGGAUUUCCGGGUGGGGGUCCACCUACGAGAAAGGGAAAACCUCGGAUGUGCUGAACGCGGCGAUGGUGCAGCUCAUCGAGCCCUGGCGGUGCGACAGCAAGCAAGUGUACGGCGAUCUCAUCACGCCGGCCAUGAUCUGCGCGGGGUACCUGCAGGGAACCGUCGACUCCUGCCAGGGUGACAGCGGAGGCCCUCUGGUCACUCUGAAGAGCAGCGUCUGGUGGCUGAUCGGGGACACGAGCUGGGGCUCUGGCUGUGCUAAGGCUUACCGACCGGGAGUGUACGGAAACGUGACCAUGUUUACAGACUGGAUUUAUCAACAAAUGAGGGCAAACAGCUAAUCCAUACAGCCUGGGUCCUUGACACCAUUCCACAAG